AGUCAAUAUCUCUCCUGAAGAACAAAUAUGGGAAAGAUUCCGUUUCUCACGCUAUUUACCUCUAUUCCAGAAAAUCUUUAGCUCCGGUGUAUGCUUGUGAUCGAUAGACCUAAUAAUGUUAUCACCACGUGUUUUAGGAAUUACUUUUUUUAUAUUUUCUUAUUAAAGCGGCAGUUAUUUGUCUGGAUCGUAGCUGAAUAUAGUCGAAGCUUUUAUAAAAUAUUAAAAGUUCUGGAUCUAUACUGAUAACUCGGUUUAUUUGUGGGAAGUAAUUUAUGUAACACAGCUUGUAUAUGUAACCAUAUAGUGCUUCGGAAAAUGGAAGUAUCAAAAUCGGAGCAUAAUCUUAAAUUACAUUUAAAAAUAAUUUAUACAUUUUUAGUAAUAAAUAUAAGUCUAUGUACUUUCUGUUUAUAUUUGUUGUUUAGUAGACAGACAGAAAUUAGCGAACAUAGUGGAAUAAAAACAGUUUCUGAUGGAAAAUAUAAUAUCACUGCUGAACUUUUACAACGAGAAAAACGUGGUACGCACAGUUCUUUUUCAAAAUUGAGUUAUGGCUUUUUACAACAAUGUGCAGCCUUGUCAAAUGCAUGCAAAAAACAAACAGCAACCUAUAAUCAACAAGAUAAUUACUAUGCAAGAUCAAAAAGAGCUCAAGUUCCGAGCGCACAGACAGGACCUCCAGGGCCACCAGGGCCACCGGGGCCACCAGGUCAACAAGGUGUAACAGGAUCAAAAGGUGAAAUGGGAUCUAGAGGACAGCAAGGAUUGCUUGGGUUUCCUGGAUUUAAAGGAGGCAGAGGUUUGAAAGGUGAUCAUGGUGAGAAAGGUGAAAUAGGACCAGUUGGACCGGGAGGUCUGAGAGGAGCCAGUGGCCCACCAGGUACUCCUGGACCAGCAGGAAUUGAAGGACCUCCUGGAAAAAGAGGACGAAAAGGGAAUGAUGGAUUACCUGGACCACAAGGACCACCCGGUUUAAAGGGGGCACAAGGUUAUUCCGGUCCCAAAGGUGAAAAGGGCGAAACUGGUGGAUAUGGUUUAUCAGGUGGAAACUGUACUUGUGACAGAGGGACGAAGGGAGAAAAAGGACAACGAGGGCAAUUAGGAUAUACCGGGUACAAAGGCGAUAAAGGUGAUGAUGGAUUAAAAGGAGAACCAGGAAACGGAUACCUGGGAUAUACUGGUACAAAUGGUCUUAUGGGACCGAGAGGUUUCAAAGGCAACAAGGGUGACAAAGGCGACUCAGUAGUUAUUUCCUCCGAAGAUAAUGGAAGUUUAAAAAGAAAUAGGAAAUUUCUCCCAGAAGCAAACACUGGCGAUCGAAAAGUUCCAUUAUCGCAGUACAAAGAUGCAACACACAAAAGUAAAGGCAAAGGUUUAGCAUCACGUGAUAUUGGAUCUAUUUCAUUAAUAGCUUUUGUACAAGUUUUACUUUUAUUUAUUGGACAUAGAUGACAGAGCAGUAUUAAAUAGUGUAAUGGACAAAAAUGAACAACAUAUUGAGAUUAAAAGUAUCGAUUACAUAAACAUAUCGGAAAAAUAUUCGACACAGUUCUAUAUUGAAAAAUAGAACCGUAUUGCUUAAAACAGCGGCAUGGAAUGUCAUCUCAUGAAUGAGAAAAUAGAAUGCAAUAACUUUACGUUAGAGACAUUUAUUGAUACCUUUUUGAUGAUCUAACAGACAAAUUCUCUGAUAUAUCAAAUAGUUAUGCCGGUGUCUGAAUAAUAAAACUGUCUGUUGUUGCUGCUGAUAUUAAAAAUAUAGAAAAGAUUUGAAGAGAACGUGGCCAGGAACACAUUAUCAUUAUGGAAAGGAAUUCCAAAGCGAACUGAUUUUUUUUAUUGUUUAUUGUAUGUCUAUUCAUUCAAAUUAUUUGUAAUGCCAGGAUUUGUAUAUUGUGACUAGGUUUAUGAUUAUCAUUAACCGCUAUGCCAAAGUAAAAAAAAAUGCAAACCAUUUAGACCAUUUCGUGACUUACCAUAUAAGUUACAUACAUAAGCAAACUGUAAACAAUAACGAAGUGUUCUGCAAACCAGAUUCCAAAGUCAUUCAAAUGACGAUUGCAUGUGUUUAAAAAGUGCAUGAAAGAUUUGUGAUAUAAUUGCAUUUAUUUUGUUAAUUGUAUAUAGAAAUUAUAGUUUAAGCUUUUUGUUUUAUUUCUUUUUUUAGAAAAUUGUUUAAAUAAAGCCAAUAAUUAAAGAUGAAUCUUG